AUGGACGAAGAGUCUGAAUUAGUAAAUAAGAUACUCAAGGAAAUUUAAAUCGAUUCUAAUAUGUGCAACGAACAAGUGCAACUUAUGAUUGAUAAUACUCCGGUAUAUUUUCCUCAUCAACCUUAUGAAGUCUUGAAGGUUUAUAUGGAAAGUGUAAUAAAUGCAUUAAAUAAGAAGUAGAAUGCAUUGUAAAUUAUAAAAAUCACUAUGGAAGAUUGGAAUCACCAACUGUAACAGGUAAAACCCUAUCCUUGCUCUGUGCCUCCCUAGCAUGGUUAAAGAAGAACAGAAAAGAUUAAUAGAAUUCUGAUUAGCCUAAGAAUAUUAAGAUUAUAUAUUCAUCAAGAACUUACACUCAAUUAAAAUAAACAAUCUACAAACCCAAUAUUUCAAUACUUGCCUCAAGAGAUCAAUAUUGCAUCAGAGAGGAAGGUUGCUGAAGGAAUAGACUUUUCUGAUGAAUUAUGCAGAGCUAUCUUCUUAGUAGGUGUUCCCUAUCCAGUUAUAAUAGAUAAUCGUUUUAUCGAAAAAAUGAACUACUUGGAUAGGGUCUUCAACGAUCUAGAAUUCAAUCAUUAAUAAAGAAUAAAAAGCUCUAAAUGGUACACUCAACAAGCUAUUCGUGCUACAAAUCAAGCUAUUGGAAGAGUUAUUCGGCAUAUCAAUGAUUAUGGAAUUGUUUAUUUAUGUGAUAAAAGAUUUGAAUACAAAGAAAUUAGACAAGGAUUAUCAAAAUGGGCAUAGCCAGCUAUCUAACCUUGGAUCAAUGAUGACGAUGUGAUUCAGCAAACCAAGUCAUUUUUCAACAGAUCAAUGUUGGAGUGA